CCUCCUCCCUGAGCAGGAGCAGGUGUGUACGUGAGCGUCCCCUAUGGGUCCGUGAGAGGUAUACAAAAAAGAAGAAAUGGUCAUUAUGACGGGAGGGACAAGACAGAGCACGCCAGCUGGAGCUGUACUGAAAGUUAGGCACUGCAACACGCCGCAGCUCUCCAAACGAUCCCUCGAACAUGACACAGAGUAAUCAUGGACUUUUCUGGAGCUGAUUUCUGUUGAGUCCUGCACUUCCAGAGGACCCCAGACCUCCAACAAUGAGCGCUUCUGCAGGGACGGGGGUGUUCAUGCUCUCACUGAUGUCCAUCCCUUUCUGCUAUUUAUUCAAUUCUCUCAUUUACAACAACAGUGCAGAAGCUUUCUGCUUCGCUGGGUGCACAGCAGUCCUCAUUCUGAUCAUUUCAGUCCGUUUUAUGCUCCAGAAGAAGGCUCCUGCUGACCCCCUGUUCUAUGUGUAUGCAGUGUUGGCAUUCCUCAGUGUGGUGAAUCUGAUCAUUGCACUGGAGCAAGACAACAUCAUCGAUGGAUUUGUGACGUUUUACCUCAAAGAGGCGGAACCACACAUCAAUACGGCGCAUGGGCACAUGAUUUCCUACUGGGAUGGCUGUGUGCAUUAUCUCAUGUAUCUGCUUAUGAUUGCUGCCAUUACCUGGGGGGACAGUUACCGAGCAAUUGGACUGUACUGGGUAGGCUCUUUUCUCAUGCGCACCGUGGUCUACAUUCUCGGGAAUGCCGUGGGAAAAUAUGGGACCCAAGUUACUCCUCUCUUCGUCCUCCACAUGCUUUAUAUCUCAGUGUCUGUGUGGGCUUGCUUCCGGGUCUUCCGGUUGCUUCGGCCCUCCACACUUGCUGCUCAGUUACCAGGCAUUCAGGAGGCCCAGCGGACGAACUUGCACCACAGACCUCUGGAUUUGCUGUUCAUCGUCUACCUCGUUCCGGCUCUGGCCUUCUGCAUCUUUAGAGGCCUGGUCGUUCUGGACUGUUCCAGUAAAUGGUGUGAGGACUACACCCAGCAGUUUGAGCCUUACCUGAAAGAUCCCUCCGCCUACCCUAAAGUUCAGAUGCUAAUGAGCAUGCUGUAUUCUGGACCAUACUACAUCAUCACUUUGUAUGGGCUGCUGGUCCCAGGAUGCGAAUGGAUGCCAGAUCUGACUCUUGUCCACUCAGGUGCCAUGGCCCAGGCCCAGUUCUCUCAUAUCGGUGCAUCUCUUCAUACACGGACACCCUUCUCUUACAGAGUGCCAGCUGAAAGCCAGCCUGUCUUCUUGCUUGUGAAUGUCCUGUAUGCUCUUGUGCCUCAUGCUCUGUGCUAUCGAUGCUGCACGCAACCGGCCUUCUUCCUCGAGUCAAACGGAGAGAAAAAAACACAAUGACUGUGUCUCUGGGACAAACGAAGCACCUACCACAGAUGGGAAGGAUGCCUUGAAAUAAGUCUGAAAAACUUGCAAAGCCCCGCUCUGUGUCUGUAUUUAGAAACGGUUUCUGUUUUUGGAGCGGGGGUCCCUCCCUUUAAUGUUUGUUGGGGGCACUCCCUGUAAUACCUUGUUGUUUAUGCUGGAAACGUGAAUAGAAGAUGAAGUGUAUUUUGUGUAUUUAUAAACAGUUUUAUGGUUUUGAACUAUUCCUAUUAUCUUUGCACUUUUUGACAACAGAACUAUUUGCAUUUCAAGCCCGAAGUUUGAAUUGGCAAAUAAAUGUGUGUGUUGCCUAUAUGUGCCUCGUAAUCAAAAGUCUUCCAUUUAAGUCCAAGUCUCAAGCAAACGUUGUUAUUAUUAUCGGUUAGAACUAUUUGCAGGUGCAAUCCUUGUAAAGUUACAAAGUUAUUAAAAAUGUAUUGUUUAAUGGAGUUCCCUGAUUUGUUUUCUCCUCCUACACAUGAGUAAAGCGGUUAUAGACAAUUCAUCCAGUGAACUUCAAACAGUAAUCUUUAGGUUAAAUCUGGCUUGUUUAUCAUUAUUUUAUCAAAUGGACAGAAAAAUAUAUUUAAACCGUUAUGACUUUUGGUUUGCACAAAUAUUACACCUUCAUCCAAAGUUAGUUACUAUAAUGAAUGCACUCCUGUGGUGGACAGGUUUUAUGUAAAAUAAAAUAUGCAUUUUUUUCUGUC